UUGAUUCAACUCAUCCUGAAGGCUUCCUCUUUGGUGAAAAUACUGACCUCAACUUCCUAGGCAACAGACCAGUAGUGGCCCAUCCCUCAGCAGACAGGCUAGUGAUGCUGUGGAUUUAAGCGAUGGCUUACCGCAAGUAAAACAGAGAUCCACAUUCAGUCUGAACUCCAGGCUGGGGGGAUGGGUGGCGACAGACUCACCCAGUGUUGACCCACAAGCGAACACACUCUUGAUGCCUCUCUGGCACGUGGGCAUGCCUGUGCAUUGCACUUUUCCAGGGCAAACACACAUACAUGCAUGAAUCAGCACAACAGCUUGUUCAGAGAUCAGUGUACAUCACCUUCAUUGUAAUGUGGCUUUGUUUCCAGAUUAUAUUUCAGGUUUUGAAACAUAUGUGAUCAGAUAUGUGAGCUGAUAAAACAGGACAAAGUACUAAUCGAUAACUUUACUCUGACUCCUGACCCUUGUGAUUUGUAGUUCCCGUACAAUGCUCCCCCACCUCAGGAGCCGGUCAAGACCCUCCGCAGUCUCAUCAACAUCCGUAAAGACACUCUGCGACUUGUCAGAUGCAGUGAAGACAUGAAGCUGCCUGGACAGGAAGUUGGGAAAAGCCACAGCUGCUAUAAUAUUGAGUUUACCUUUGAUGCCGACACACAAGUUGCCAUCACUAUAUACUACCAAGCCAUUGAAGAGUUUCUCAAUGGUGUGCCACUAUACUUGCCGCAGGACAGCUCUCUGCAUUCAGAGACGGUGCAUUUCAAACGCGGCGUCUGCCAACAGUUCUGUCUGCCCUCUCAUUACGUCAACUUAUCAGAGUGGGCAGAUGAGGAGCUUUUGUUUGACAUGGAUAAAGACAUCUACCCCAUGGUUGUACAAGCAGUAGUGGAUGAGGGAGAUGAACACUUGGGACACUCCCAUGUUCUUCUUGCAACCUUUGAGAAGCAUAUGGAUGGAAGUUACUGUGUAAAACCUCUGAAACAGAAACAAGUGGUGGAUGGUGUCAGUUACCUUCUGCAGGAGAUCUACGGUAUAGAGAACAAAUACAACAGUCAAGAAUCAAAGGUGGCUGAAGAUGAGAUUAGUGACAACAGUGCUGAAUGUGUGGUGUGUUUAUCGGACGUGCGGGACACACUUAUCCUGCCCUGCAGACACCUGUGCCUGUGCAACGCCUGCGCAGACACACUGCGUUACCAGGCCAACUGUUGCCCCAUCUGUCGACUGCCGUUUCGUGCCCUCCUUCAAAUUCGAGCGAUGAGGAAAAAACUGAGCCCACUCACACCUACUGGAUUCAACCCUGUCAUCACCUCACAGACAUCAGAUUCAGAGGAGCGCUCGGCAUCAGAGCACAUCCCACCAGGCUAUGAAGCUGUGUCCCUGUUGGAGGCCUUGAAUGGGCCCCUGAACCCGUCGCCAUCUGCUCCUCCACUUCAGGGCCUCACCAGGGGCCAUGUUUCUGGAUCUGUGCCCACAUAUGGCAGUGAUAGCCACCACACGCCCGCGCGCUCCCUCUCUCCACUAGAACACUCUGUCAACCCCAGUCAGAAUGUGAAACACAAGAAGAGUGGCUCUAAAUCCCUCUCCCAGAAUUCCUCAGUGCUGCCUGAGGAGGAGGAUGAGAAGUCAUGCAGUGAGUCUGAAGUGCAAACGUGCAGGAGAAAACUGCAUGUAGAACAGCAAGAGUCUGGAGUGACUCCUGAAAGUGACAACAUCACCCUGUCAUCCUCCGGGGCCAUAGAUCAGUCCUCCUGCAACGGGACCCCUCUCUCCUCCACAAUCACCUCCCCAGAGGACCCAGUAAGCAGCAGCCUGGCCCAGUCUGUGAUGUCAAUGGCGUCUUCUCAUAGCCAGCACUCUGAGAUUAGCACCGACACACUCUCUUCAAUGUCCGGAUCCUACAUGGCUGGUGCUGACGGAGAGGAGGCCGCAGAGACCCCAGCAGAGAGUCGAGCGCCUUCCCAGCAUGAGGGUGAGGAAAUCCCCAAUGAGGCAAAAGGGCAUAACUUUGUGGCUGCCAUUCUUGAAGAACAGGAUUCAGAGGGAAAUGAUGUGACUGAGGAAGAUUGUGCAUCUCCCACCAAAGAACAUGGUGGGCGCAGGAGGAGUGAGGUGCCUUGUCCAGAGUUUGACAAUAACAAUCAGGGGCAGUCUGACACCCACUGUAUGACAGGCCUGGACAAUGAGCAGCCUCCUGACGGCCGAUUCGCUGGUCUGUUAUACCUCGACGUCUAUCGUCAUGGACGGGAUCCUUUGACUCACCAUGCGUCCACCAGCAACAUCAACCUGGAGGAGCAAGGGGUCACCAAUGAGGCGGCAAACCCCAAGAACAAAUGUCAUCGUGGUCCCCUAGCUGUGUGAAAUCCUCAAUCCACCCAGUCAUAGACCUACUCCAAUCCUGAGAGGAAUAUCUGCCUCUUUCUUCAUGCCACCUCCACCCAAACUUGUGCACACACCAAUUACUCGUGGAUCAAAUCCUAAAUGCAAACCAGGGAGAACUGACUGUGUGGUUUCUCUUCUCCAUUGUGAUAGAUGUCAUGUUUUUAGCGCUCUUUUGGUAUUGACACUUGUGUAAAGCACCACGUUUACACCAACGCUUCACUCCCUCAUGUGUACAAAUGAAGGGAUGCCUCAAGCAAGCUCUCCUGCUGAAAGGCUGGAAAACAAGGACAUGAUGAAAACUCCAACCUCUGAUCCAAGCAGCAUUUCAGUGUUUAUCUCUUAGAGAGCAGUCAAACUUCGUGUCAAGGCUGUGCGACUAUGCUUUUUAAAGUCAAUAAUCAAAUCCUGCUGAUCUGAAUCAACAUCAGAUCAGCAGAUGAACUUGUACUAUUGGAAAUCUGCCCACAAUACCCAAGAUACCAAAAUAUUAAGAAUACGAUGGAAAAGAGUGAGAUGAAUUUUCAGAACUGACAUCAGAACAAUCAAUCCUUCACGAUAUGAACUUUAGAGCAAUAACACAUAUUUGCUCAUGUUUCUGCCCUUGUCAGUUUGCUGCAGCUCACUUUGAGCUUUACGUACAGCCCUGCAUGUUACAAAGACACAACGCUACUGAGCUGCCUAACUUGCAUUACGCAUCUGGCCACGGAGAUGCUACUGAACUGCUUACUACCAAGCAUUUUUGAACAUUUUUAUAGGAAAUGGAAAUGUCUGGGAAAACUUGCACCUGUGGUCGAAACUCAGAUUGCUACUGUUGAUG